UGAUACCUUGCGCCAGAUCUCUUCCUCUUUGUUUCAACACUGUAAUCGCCAUUGAAAUCUCAAACCCUUUUGUGAUUGCAAGAAGUUGAUCCAUAUGUAUGUAUCAGAUGUUAUCAAUUUUUGUGAAGAAACCCCUGUUCACUCUCACUUUCUUCACUAUCAUCCUAUUGUUCGCAGUGAUCUCUCUAUCUCCUUCUUCACCUUUCUCCCACCUCCCGCUCUAUUCCUACAGUGCCGAGUCUGAUAUAUGGAGUGCGAAAAGGAUUUUAGAAUGGCGACCGUGUAAAUGGUGGCUUCAAGGACAUUUGACUGCUCUGCCGGCUGAGAGUAAUGGCUAUAUCCGAGUGGAUUGUUAUGGUGGGCUUAAUCAGAUGAGGAGGGAUUUAUGUGAUGGUGUUGGCGUUGCACGGUUACUGAAUGCAACUCUUGUUUUGCCAAAGUUUGAAGUGGCUGCAUAUUGGAACGAAUCAAGUGGUUUCACAGAUGUAUUUGAUGUGGACUAUUUCAUACAACAGCUGAAGGGAUUUAUUAAAGUUGUAAAAGAACCACCCGCAGAAGUUGCUUCAAGAGAACCUGUCCGAGUGGAUUGCAGCAAACGCAAAGGCCAUUUUGAUUAUGUUGAGAGCGUACUUCCAUCAUUAUUGGAGCAUCGUUACAUCUCUAUUACACCUGCAAUGAGCCAACGACGAGAUAGGUUUCCUCUCUAUGCAAAGGCUGCACUUUGUCAAGCAUGUUACAGUGCAUUGCGCCUAACAAGCACCUUGGAGAAGAAAAGCUCCGAGCUUCUGCAAGCCAUACCAAAACCCUUUUUAUCCCUCCACCUCCGUUUUGAACCUGAUAUGGUAGCUUACAGCCAAUGUGAAUACGAAGGCCUUUCUCCUGCUUCCAUGGAAUCUAUAGAGGCUGCACGUGGCGAUCGAAAACCGUGGACCGGAGAAACCGCUCGGCUUUGGAGAAACCGCGGAAAAUGCCCACUUACUCCUAACGAAACUGCUUUCAUUCUUCAAUCUCUUUCCAUCCCAACAAAUACAAACAUUUAUUUAGCAGCCGGAGACGGUUUGAUGGAACUCGAAGGAUUAACCUCCGUUUACACAAAUGUCGUCACCAAAUCAUCUCUUUUGAGCGGUGAAGACUUCAAGAACAUGCACGGAAACACGAAAGCGGCACUGGAUUAUUAUGUGUCGAUCAAUAGCGACGCUUAUGUGGCGACGUAUUUCGGUAACAUGGAUAAAAUGGUGGCAGCAAUGAGAGCUUAUCAAGGGUUUUAUAAAACCCUUUUUUUAAACAGGAAGGCUUUUGCAGACUUGAGUUCUGAAGGGUUAAGAGGGAAAGAAUUGAUGGAAGCCAUGAGAAAGGCUCAUAAAGCUGAUUUUGUAAUGGGAAGAGGCUCUGCUUUACCAGAUUGCUUUUGUGACUUCAAAUUAUGAUUCUUGUAUUCAACUUUUGGUACCACUUUCUUGAAUACAUUUUUGUAAAAUUUUGCAUCUCAUUUUAUCAAGUUAUGAUCGCUGGUUUGCAAUGCCCGAAUGGAAAGAUGACGAGUCUGUUUGAUCGAUGAACGAUAGAGUUGUUUAUGGAUGGU